AUGUCUGGUGUGACGGAUGGCUUGAAGGCAAGCAGAGAACGGUGCUAUCAAUCACGUGACGAAUAUUUUAAAUGCUACGAGGAGCAUAAAACUUACAACGAAUCUAAGUGUAGAAAACUGAAAGAAAAAUUCGAAAGGGAUUGUCCUGCGUCAUGGGUCCCACAUUUCAUUCGUAAGCAUAACUACGAAAAAUACAAACAAAAGUUAGUGGACGAGGGAGUUUUGUUGACAGAAGUAAAUGAUGCUGAUAAAGCGAAUAUUGUUGGGGAUCGUUUAUUUCAUAUGACGGCUAAUAUACUGGCUAGUUCCGUUGUAUUCAGUGGCACUAACGUUUGUUCAAAGCAGAAUUCAUCACCUAAAUUCCCGAGAACAAAUGCCGAAAAAUUAAGUUAUUGUGGCUGUGUAAACGAUGCUCUGCAUGACGUUAAUGUUGAGCAGUUCUGUGAACGCAUGAAGAUGUUUGGUAUGAAAUACGUGGAUGUAUUGCGGAUCCUGAAGGAUGUUCGUUACCUAAAAACAGGUCGCGUGCUUCUAAGGCACUUAUGCUCUUCUUCGCCUUCACUGCCACCAUACAUAGUGCUUGAAAUGGUUGAAAUACUUGUUUGCAUUCAUAUGGAAGAUGCUACUGAAAAAAGCGAUGAAGAGCUUUGGCGGGAGCUGUUACUCCUUGCUAAUAAAGUGCCACAUUUUUUGAAACCGACUGUUUCGCUGCUCUUGAAAUCAUGUUGUCCCGUGAAUAUCCUGCCAAAAUUGCCAUCAAACUUGAUGUUACGUCCUGUAGUUAUCACUGCUUUGUUAGCCAAUUAUGUCCGCUUUGGAAAAAUAAGCCUCUUCCAAACAUUACUUGCAAAAGAGACUGGUUAUGAUUUGUUCAAAAGCGAUCAAUUACUGCGAGUUCUCGCUUUGCAUACCAAUUCUCACCCAGCUAUAUCAUCUACCUAUUUGCAGUAUCUCUCGCAACGUAGUGUUACCUUGUUAGAUGACAAUAUGUGGCAUUUCAAUUCUAUCAUCGGCCAGUCAAAAUAUUGGGAUAUCAGGAAAACAACUAUAUUGGAUAAUGGGGAUUGUUGUAUUUGUGGAGGAAAGUUUAAGAAAAAUGAGGAUUUAUCAGAAACGGAAUUCAGUUUACUUAAAAAUGAAAUAAUGAAAUAUUUAUCUGAUGAUAUGCAUGUGUUCUCCAGCGCUACGGAUCAAGAGAUUUCCGACUUAAAGAGGCAUAUAAAGCAAGAAAUAAAGUCUCCUGAAGGUCGGCAGUCACUGGUUGUUGAUGCUCUCAAUGUUUUAUAUACAGGUAUCAAUAAUGUGAGAUCAAGGUAUGGAAUUGACGAAGUGUUGCAGAAAUCGUUAGAUAUAUUUACUGAUGUAUUGCUUAUUGUGCGGAAAGGUGGCGACACGAAUCGUAUAUGGAAUGAACAUGAUAAGUUCAGCAAUUCUCGCUUGUCAGCAUUCUUCUGUCAUAGGAUGAGUAACGAUGAUUUAUUUGUAUUGUUAGCAGUAAUGGAACUUGGGAUAAAUGCUUACUUUUUGACAAAUGAUUCCUUUAUAAAUCAUCGCAAUAUGUUAACUCCGUCUGGUCAAUCGUUGUUCGACAGGUGGAUAGAGAAAAGAGCUGUACGCUUGAAUAAUAAAGAUAUAAUCAUGCCUUCGAAAUUUGCUCCAUAUGUACACGAGGCAGAGAAUGGCUAUCAUAUUUCCGUUAAAACAGUUAAUAACUCGGUUGUCUUAUAUUCUUACUUUUGCGUCCGAAGAAAGCAUGUCCAAUAG